CGUGCGUGCGUGCGCGUGUGUGGGCGCGUGGCUCAGGGUUCAGAGCUGUCGCGCCUCCGUAGGCCCUCCUCCUUCAUCAUCAUCCCCCUGCUCCGACAGAUAGAGGCAAAAGGCGGAGCAACGGAGCCCACAGCGAGCAGACGCGGGGCGUACGGCAGUCCCUCGGUCGGUACGCUACGUCGGCAGAAGCCCGCGGAGGGAGGAAGACGUCCGCUCACGGCUGUUUUCCCUUGACCGGUAAAGGACCAGCGCCGAGCGGGGCGGCAGAGGAGGCGAGCGCAGGCAGAGAGCAUAAUUGCGUUUCUGGCCGCCCCGUGGGAACAUGGGAUAUAUGAUCUCAUCAUUCACCUGUAAGGCUCUCCAGUAAACAACUCCAGAUAGGUAGGAACUACACGCGGCCACAUUGAAAUGCACGGAUCGGCUACACGCCGGUGAAUUACACGGAUUCAGACCGAGCGUGUGCGUCGUGUUGGUGCUUAGAAGUAUGAGCGAAGCAGGAAGUGCAGAUGUCCUGAAGCCCUGUGACGUGACAUCAUGUGGCAUCGUGGACCCCCCCCCUCCUCCGCCGUGCCCGUCCCCCUGCAGUCAGAGGGAGGACAAGGAGUGUCACCUUGACAGUAAGGAGCUGGAGCAGCAGAAGCACUGUAACCUGGUGCAACCAAAGAAAAAAGUUAGGGCCAAUAGAAAAUUGGUGCGCAGCGCGGCUGUGUGCGAGGAGUCCCCGCCAUUCGAAGACAAAUCACAGGCGUCUCCAGACACAAGUAUCUCAUCAAGCUGCCAUGAUAACGAGAGAACCUCGUGCAAAGAGGAAGAGCAGGAGAAGAGCACAGAUCCAAAGAAACAAGCACUGUCCAAAGAGUCCAGCCUGGAGUACACCGACUCCACGGGCAUAGACCUGCACCAGUUUAUCACGGACACCCUCAACAGCAACCCCAGAGACCGCAUGAUGCUGCUCAAACUGGAGCAGGAAAUGAUCGACUUCAUCACCAGCAAUAGUCCUUUUAAGAAGUUCCCUCACAUGUCGUCCUACCACCGCAUGCUGGUCCACCGGGUGGCGGCCUACUUCGGCAUGGAGCACAACGUGGACCAGACAGGCAAGUCUGUGAUCAUCAACAGGACGAGCAGCACACGCAUACCGGAGCAGCGCUUUGUGGACGAGGUGCACGAGGACAAGACAGAGGAGCUGGUGACAUGGAAAACCAUUUUAAAAAGGGACAACAGCUCAGAUGACCAGACCCGAGUCAACACUUUACUGGAGAAGCAAAGUAAGUCGGUGGAAGAGAGAGAGGAGGAGUACCAACGGGUACGGGAGCGGAUUUUUAAACAAGAGCCUCUCUGCACCCAGGAGAGUCCCCAUGCAGAAACCAGAGCGGUGGCGGAGUACAAUCCAUAUGCUGAGACCCAGAGGAAAAGGCAGCUCUUCAGAGGGAGCCGCGACAGCUCGGGCUCCAGCUGGACCGGCAGCAGCAGGCAGAGCAGCACCGAGACCGACUGUCGCUAUGGCAACGACCCCCGACCUUGGAGCAGCACCGACUCGGAUUCCUCCCACCCGUGGACCAGUUCCACCCCGAAAUCCUGUCAACCUGUGAGCCACAGCUGGGACGCACGAGGUUCAGGCUCCAUCACUCUCCUCAGACUGCCAUCAGCUUGUCCCCACCAGUCAUCUACUCCUGUUGUGGGAGAGCAGGCUCCGAACUCUACCUUUGUCAUGGAGAACGGGAUCCCGCCGGGAAGCAUAUUGCUCAAUCCCCACACUGGGCAGCCGUUCCUGAAUCCUGAUGGGACCCCUGCUGUGUACAAUCCUCCGGACAGUCAGCAACCAAUCAGGAGCCAGACUCAGCUGCAAGGCUCUGCCUCACAGCAGCAGCAGGUGCUUCAGUCUGUCUCUUACACAGCUCCCCAGAUGUUGCCUGUCAGUCCCUCACAGCCCUACUCGACACAGCAGAUUGAAGACCUGUCCUCACAGUUUGCUCAUGUCACAGUGAGCUGUCAGUCAGCGGCUGAGGCGCCAACUCUCUACCCUCCCAGUCAGGGUUACAUCUAUGCAGCUCCCCCACCGCCUCCUCCCCCCAACCCCCCCAGCUAUUGCCAGCCCUCACCACAGGUGCCUGUGUAUUACUACUUCAGCCAGUACCCUACCCCAGCUCAGCAUGGGUGCAGGCCUCUCUCACCUGGCCAGCACAUGCACAAUCAAGCAGUCCAACCAGCAGCAGGUUACGUGUCUGCUGUGGGGGUGCAGCAGUCCUCUACAGCCCAAUCUGUCAUGGGGACGUACCCACCAGUGGCCUCCCACCAUUGUAGCAUGGUUCAGGGCGGCGCCCCCGUGGCCUACCCCUCGAGUAAAGUUGUGACUGGAGUGGGUGGGGAGGCGGCUUUCUGCUGCAUGGUGCCCCCGCCUUCCCACCACAGCAGCUGCCAUCCUUCCAGCUGCACCGGCCUCAGCGCCUCGGCCUGGAGCGCGCCGUACUGACGCUGCCUCGAUGGAUGAAGUGAUGAUAGUGCGGUUCCUGUGUGAACUCACAUGCGUGCGCACACGUACUGAACAUAAACACCUUUGUUUUCACACUCAGUCACCUCCUCACACAUACGCCCAGUUUCUUCCUGAUGACGGCCACAGGGCCCAGUUCCACACCAUCACUAGCAUGUACACACACAACACAGAGCCACUCGCACACAUAAAUGUACCACUGUACCAAAGCUUAAUAGUAUAUAUCAGAGCUGCUGUAUUGAAUGCAUAAUUUAUAUACACAAAUGGAGUUUUAUAUUGAUAUUAAAUUAUAUAUUGUGUUUUAAGGAAAUACACUGUGUGAAGCAAAUAAAGUAGACUGACAAGGUCA